AUGUCAAACCAAUACGACACCCAGGAUACGGGUUAUGCUGCAUUGGGUGCACCUUAUUUAAACCAGAAUGGCCACAAUGAUUCUACAGCUCAGGGAUACUAUGGAAACAACAUGGGAUAUGAGCAUGAUAACCAGAGCACUCAGCACCUGAUGGCUGGUCAACAAGGCUAUGAUGGCCAAUAUAUGGCACAGGACCGAAGUCAUUAUGCUUCGAGCAAUCAGAACAAUUAUGCGUAUGGCGCACAAAACGCGGCCUACCCUGCCGCAGGAGCUGCCGCUCCCACUGGUACUGAGAAUGAUGCCUUGACUAGAUACCAUGAUGCCACCAGUGACAAAGAUGGAGCCUUGGGCACCAGCCGCCCCAAAUCUCGCAAGUGGCUUUGGUGGCUUAUUGCUGCUAUCGUUCUUAUUUGUGUCAUUUUAGCUGCUGUUCUUGGUGGUGUGCUUGGAUCCCGUUCGUCCAAUGAUGAUGACAAUGACAAUACAAGUGCGCCUAAUAGCUCGGUCGGGACUGGUAACCCACAAAACAAUGUUGCCAGUGCUUGGCCCAGGAAUGUCGUGGAUGCUGCUUCAAAGGCUGCUUCGAACGGUAAAACUGACAAGCUUGCCUUCACUGGCACAGACUUUGACGCCAACACUGCGAAGCCAAGCAAGGGUAGCCAAGUUGGUUCAUGUGGAAAUGACCCAUGGAAGGCAACAAACAAUCUCAACAAUGGUCGCCCUGGCCACCCUCGUCUUAUUGCUCCUCAGUAUCAAUGGGAUUGCCUGCAAAGCAAGAUCGAGAAUGAUGCUUACCUGACCGUUUGGAACUACACUAUCUUCCAAAAUGCUACCAAAUGGCUAGACGAGGAUCCCGUCACGUACGACGUUGAUGGUGGUCUCACACUCUCCGGCAUUCUUGAUGUGUCCCGCAUCGUGCAACAGCGUCUUAAGGCCUGGGCGUAUGCAUGGCGCCUAACCAAGGAUACUAAGUACCGGGAUCGGGCUUAUAAGGAAUUGAGUGUGGCUGCUGGAAACACCUCGCAGCCUUUUGGUGACGGUGCGACUCGCUGGAACCCUCCGCACUUUUUGGAUACGGCUGAGAUGAUCGCUGCAUACGCAUUUGCGUACGAUUGGAUGUAUGAUGCGUGGGACGAUCAACAAAAGUCGUACAUUGUCGAUUGGAUUGUCACUUUCGGAUUACAGCAAGGUCUCGACAUGUACAACAACGGCUCGGCAUGGUGGUCGCAACCACAGAGUGGAAAUGGCAACUGGAACUGUGUAUGCAAUGGAGGUCUUGUCUUUGGUGCUUUGGCUAUCCAAAAUGAUGUUCAAGGAGCCGCUAAGGAUACGACAAACUCGAUUCUCCAAAAAGCGCUAGACAAUGCGAAGCAAAAUUGUAUGCGCGGUGUUUACAAGGACGGUACUUGGUCGGAAACCCCUAAUUAUUGGUACUUUGGCACUAAUGGUCACGCUCGUAUGCUUUCUGCCUUGAUCACAGCCACUGGCUCAGAUCAAGGGCUUAUGGCUAAUAAUAAGAAUUGGUACAAGACUGGCGACUUCCACAUGUAUGUUACUGGUAAUGCAGGCAUGUUCUUCUAUGGUGAUAACGGUCCGAACAAGUUCUCCACAACCGCGAACCAGUUGUUCUUGUUUAGCCAACAGACGGGUAAUCCUGUCUAUGCGCUGUUCCAACGUGACCGCGCUGAUGCUGCUGCUGAUCCACUCAGCAUGUUUUGGUACGACACUUCGUCUAAGGGAGGAUUCUACAAUGGUCUGGCCCUGGACAAGUACUUUGACAACAAGGAGGGUAGCUGGGUGUCCAUGCGCAGCUCGUGGACGGACAUGACUGGCAAUUACAUUGCCAUGAAGUCCUCCAACAUGACUGGUCACCAAACCCACGGAGAUCUUGAUGCUGGCGACUUUGUUAUUGAUGCUUUGGGUGUUCGCUUUGCAGGUGAAUACGGCAGUGAUAACUACUUGUCGAAGAAUUACUUCGCUUCUGAGGAUGAUGGCGCUGAUCGUUGGAAGUAUUUCCGGAAGGGCACACAAGGUCAGAACACUAUUGUCAUUGGACAACAGAACCAAAACGCGAGCUGUCUUCCCACCAACAAGUUUGAAUCAAGCAACGAUGCGCAGAAUGGCGAUUUGAGCUUUACUCCCGGGGAACAGUCGACGGCAUACUUUGUUACAGACAUGAGUCAGUGCUAUGCACAAUCGCCCGCUGGAUCAGUGAAACGAGGCAUUCGUUUCUUGAAAGGACGACGUCAAAUGCUUAUUCAGGACGAAAUCAAGAAGCCUGGUAAGCCUAUUGAAUGGCGUGUGCAAACCAACGCUACAGUCACUCUUUCGAAGGAUAAGAAAACAGCCACGAUGAAGAUUAAGCAAGUCAGGGACCCCAAUGCACCUAAAGACCCUCUCACGGCAAACAUUGAUGAGGUAACAAUGCUUGCCACUAUCACUUCGCCUCAGGAUGCUACAUUUGAUGUUAGACCCGCUUAUGACAAGAGCAAGUCGGCACCGAACUACUACUACGGAGCCGAUGUGAUUCCGCCUCAAGAUAAAGACGAUGCUGGUAAUCCCAUUCAGCCUGAGGUUCUGGAUUAUGAAGCCAGUGUUCUUUCGAUCGCGCUUAGUGGGAACAAUGAUGCCAACAUCCAAGUGUGGUGGCAACCUCAGUAUAGCCAAACGACAGAUGCCGACAAGGCACCGCCGAAGAAUGUGGCAUUGGAUCAGUGGUCGCUAACAAGCCACUAG